AUGGCCGACUACCAAGUGAGCGAGAAGAGAGAGACUGAUCCAGUCGACUCCGGCACCGACGGUGAAAACCAUCACAAGAACGUCAACGAACCCGUCGCUGUUUUCACCAACGAGGAUGGCGACGUCAACUUCCGCAGCCUCUCCUGGCCCGCGGCGGCCGUCCUCGUCGCGAAGUUUCAACUCGGUCUCGGAGUGCUGAGUUUGCCCAAGACGUUCCACACUCUGGGCUUCUUUCCGGGCAUCCUCUGCUUCGUGAUCCUCUCCAUCAUGACCACCGCCUCGGGCUACGUCUCCGGCAACGCCAGAUUGUAUUAUCCGCAAAUUUACAGUGUCGCUGACGUCGCUGAAAUGAUGUUCGGCAAGAAGACGCGCGAGUUCGUCGGCUUCUGCUUCUUCCUCUAUCUCGCCCUGACUGCAGGUGCCGGCAUGCUCGCUUCCUCGGUCGCCUUCAACGCGCUUUCAAACCACGGCGCCUGCACCGUAGCCUUUGUCGGUGUAGCUGCCGCCGCUGCAUUCCUCAUCGGCGGUGGUUUCCGCAGCCUGGAUAAGAUCGCCUGGGUCAGUUGGGCGGGUUUCGCCUGCAUAGUUGUCGCUAUUUGGACUACGGCCAUCGCAUGUCUCAUCCAGGACAGACCUGCUGCUGCUCCCCAGACGGGCCCCAUUGACCUCGACAUCCGUGUUUUUUCCACGGCCACAUUCGCGCACGCCAUGUCAGCUGUCUCCAACCAGUUGUUCGCCGUCGGCGCUUCCGGCGUCUGUUUCUCUAUCGCUGCCGAGAUGAAGGAGCCCAAGGAUUUUGGCAAGGCUCUCCUUUGGGGCCAGGGCAUCGUCAUCGCGACCUGUGUCGCCAUCGGGUCCAUCGUCUACGCCAAGGUCGGCCAGUACCUCGCAAGCCCCGCCCUCGGAUCCGCUGGUCCCUUGAUCAAGAAGGUUGCCUACGGCAUCGGUCUGCCUGGUCUCCUUGUGACUGCUAUCCUCUACAGCCACACUGCCGGCAAGUACUGGUUCGUGAGAAUCCUCCGUGGCACACGCCAUCUCCAGACCAGCACCGUCAAGCAUUGGCUCGUUUGGAGCAGUUCCAUGAUGGGCACCGUUGUGUUCGGCUUUAUCGUCGUCGGAGUUGUACCCUUCUUCAGCGACUUCCUCAGUCUUGUCGGCUCCCUCGUCAACCCGAUCUUCACCCACAUCAUCCCUGGCUUUAUGGUGCUGUACUAUGUCGCUAAGAAGCCUACUAUGGUUGGUGAGGAACCAUCACACGAACCCCACUAUUCUUUCGCGGAGAAGCACUGGAUCAAAGAGGCUCACGACGCGGCUAAGACUAGCAAGAGGGAUGCGAUUGUGGUCGCCCUCUCGUGGAUCAUGAUUGUCUUGGGUGCUUUCAUCAUCAUUGGCGGCACGUAUGCAACUGUUGUCACUAUUAAGGAGGGCUAUGACAACGGUUCGAUUGGUAGUGUUUUCUCAUGCGCCGACAACUCGUCAGGCUAA